AUGCAUCGUCAGGUUGCUUUACUCCUCGCCCUCAUCCUCCUCCUGGCUACCGGAGACGGCAGCCUCGCCGUCGGCACUCCGUCCGCGAUCAUCACAAGGACAUGCGCCGCUGUCGGUGGGCAAGUGGGUUACGACUCCUGCGCGGGCGCGCUCUCGGCCGACCCGGCGGCCGCGGCCGCCAAGGACGCACGUCAGCUCGCCGUCGUCGCCACCAACCUCACCGUGGCUAACGUCACGUCGACGGUGCUCGUCCUCGACGACCUUGUCAAGAACCUCAGGGCCUGCCUCCGCUACUACAGGGACAUGAACAAGACUCUGAAGGGCGCGCUCGGUGACCUACGUGCUGGGCGCCUCGAAGCGGCGUCGGACAAACUGUUGGAUGCCUCCCACGCGCCCAGCGACUGCGACAUCCUCUUGUUCGAGGGGAGAGCGGAGAAGAACCCGAUGAGCAAGGAGAACACCCACGCCGCUUGGCUGUCCCGACUGGCAUAUGCGAUUGCUAGCUCGCAGGCGCUGAAUCCCCGGCACCGACGUCAAGUUUAA